CUCGCAGUCGCCGACAACUGCAAGACGAGCCUUCAUUACUGCGGCUACAACCUUUUGCACAAAGGCAACUACUACAGCCAGAUUGCAGAGGCGCUCCGCGAACAAGGUCAGCCCGUCGAUGACGCACACAUCAACAAUGGCCUCUUCUACUGCAGUGGCGGAUCUAACGGCGAUAUCGACUUCUAG